GGGGCCUGUAUCUCCCUCGUGUUAUGGCACCAGACUCGGGUCCCGCACCCGAAGCUCCCCUCUUAACUCUGUUACCGGUAGAUGCGAGGGACCGGGGCACCCAGCGCUGCCGCCUGGGCCCGGCCGCCCUCCGCACCUUGGGCGCGCACCUGGGCUCAGCGGUGAGGAUCUCGCUGCCGGAUGGCGGCUCCUGCCUCUGCACGGCCUGGCCGCGAGCGAAUGGGGCGGACGGCUUCGUGCAGUUCGACCCGCAGUGCGCGAGUCCCGGGGCGGCGGUGGAGACGCUGGGGUCUCGGAGGAGCCUCAGCCUCAGCAGCCUCCACCCGGUGCCCUGUCCCCGCCUCCGGCGCCUGGUCGUGUGGCCGGUGUUUCGAGAAGAGGCGGGCGCGCCGGCGACCCCGAGUCCGGCCGUGGCGCUGGAGGCCGCGCAGGAGUUGCUGAGGAACCGGCCUGUCGCCCGGGGACACGUUCUGGCCGCUCCUCCCGGCGCCCCAGGCCCCGUGGCGGCCCUGCACAUCGUCGGCGGGACGCCCGACCCGCAUCUGGCUGGGCUGGUCACCCCUAAAACUUGCAUCGUCCUCAGCCGGGAUCCUCCGUCGCAAGCUGAGCGUCCACCCGAGGUGUCCCUGGGCGGCCUUUCCGAGGUGGCCGACUCGCUGCGUGAGCUGCUCUGCCUUCCACUGCGCUACCCCCGCGCCCUGGCAGCGCUGGGUCUAGCGGUACCCCGUGGGGUGCUCCUGGUGGGACCCGCCGGAGUGGGAAAGACCCAGCUGGUGGGAUCGGUGGCCCGGGAGGUGGGUGCCCAGCUGCUGGCAGUGAGCGCCCCCGCGCUGCAAGGCUCCCGGCCUGGGGAGACCGAGGAGAACGUGCGGCGGGUCUUCCAGCGUGCUCAGCAGCUGGCCAGCCGCGGGCCCAGCCUCCUCUUUCUGGACGAGGUGGACGCCUUGUGUCCUCGGCGAGGAGGCCCUCACCAAGCCCCCGAGAGCCGCGUGGUGGCCCAAGUGCUGACCCUGUUGGACGGCAUCAGCGGGGAUCGCGAGGUGGUGGUUGUGGGAGCCACCAACAGGCCAGACGCGUUAGACCCUGCGCUGCGCAGGCCCGGGAGAUUCGACCUAGAGGUUGUCAUUGGGACUCCUACGCUUAAACAAAGAAAGGACAUUCUGCAAGUGAUCAUCUCAAAGAUGGCUGUCUCCAGUCACAUAGAUUUGGGUCUUCUAGCAGAAAUGACCGUGGGCUAUGUUGGGGCUGACUUGAGGGCACUCUGUAGGGAGGCAGCCAUGCAUGCGCUCUCUCAUAGAGAGAAGAACCAAGACCAUCUUAUGAUUGAUGAAGCAGAUUUUCUUGAAGCUUUUAAAAUGAUUCAGCCUUCUUCAUAUCGAAGUGUCAUUGGACUAACAGACAUAAAGCCUGUUAGCUGGGAGCAGAUUGGUGGCCUUGAAGAUGUGAAAUUGAAGUUAAAACAGAGUGUCGAGUGGCCGCUGAAAUUCCCUCAGGAAUUUGUUAGGAUGGGCCUGACACCGCCAAAGGGCAUUCUCCUCUAUGGUCCUCCUGGAUGUGCUAAAACCACCUUGGUGAGGGCCUUGGCCACAAGCUGCCAUUGCUCUUUUGUUUCCGUGAGUGGAGCUGACCUCUUUUCACCCUUUGUUGGAGAAUCAGAAAGAGUUUUAUCUCAGCCAGGUGGUUCCUUGAUGUCAAGUAGAGGUGGUCUAGAUAGGAGAGUUUACAGCAUUCUGAUAUCAAAAAAAGUAAUUCCUUACUUAAUAUCAAGGGACCUGCUAAUGUGUGACUUCAAGAAUAUGUUAAUAAGAACAGUGUAUUUAUAUUGCUUUGUGUUAUAUUUUCCCUCAGAUUUUCAAGAAGGUUUUAAUUGUAAUGUCAUGAUUGUUGCGGCAACAAAUCGGCCUGAUGUGUUAGAUGAUGCCUUAUUAAGACCUGGAAGAUUAGAUAAGAUUAUCUAUAUUCCCCCUCCAGACCAAAAGGGUAGGCUUUCUAUCUUAAAAAUCUGUACAAAAGCCAUGCCACUCGGGCCUGAUAUUUCCUUAGAAAACCUGGCAGCAGAGACCUGUUUCUUCUCGGGAGCUGACCUUAGAAACCUCUGCAGAGAAGCAGCCUUGCUGGCUCUGCAAGAAAAUGGACUGGAAGCAACCACAGUGAAGCAAGAACACUUUCUAAAGUCGUUCAAGUCUGUCAAACCGUCCUUGAGUCAGGAGGACUUGACUUUAUAUGAAAAUUUAUUUAAGAAAGAAGGAUUGUCUAACUUGGAUGAUAGUUAAAAUUAUAUCUUAUUUGCUUCUUCAAAUUUAACAUGUAAACUUACUAUCAUUUGCAACUUUUAGAGUUCAUAUGUAAACUCUCUGUAAAUAAAAAAAGGAAAGAAACCUCUA